AUGAAGGACAUAAUCAUUCAUGGCCGAUACCGGGUCAACCGCCGAAUUGGCGAAGGGGGCUUUGGCCUUGUCUAUGCCGGAACCGACACCGAGCUGGAUGAACAUGUUGCGAUCAAACUGAUGCAUGUAAAAGAUGAUCCUGGCACCCUCGAAACCGAAGCGCGAACGUACAAAGCCCUGUCUGGAGGCACUGGAAUACCUCGAGUCUUGUGGUAUGGACAAGAAGGCGAUUAUUACUGCCUAGUUCACGAUCUUCUCGGCCCAUCCCUCGAAGACCUGCUCAACUACUGCGACCGGCGGUUUUCGCUCAAGACUGUUCUCCUCCUAGCGGACCAAGCCAUCUCUCGAAUCAAAUAUAUCCACGACAAGAAGCGCCUACACGGCGACAGUAAGCCGGACAACUUUCUCAUGGGAACAGGGAGACAAGGGAAUGUGCUUUAUACCAUUGACUUUGGUUUGGCUAGGGACCUCCCAAAUGCCGAUCACCACGGCGCUCUAGGAGGCCGCUCGUUUGCCGGGACCACCCGAUAUGCCAGUCUCAACUGCCACAACGGACGCGAGUAUUCUUGGAGCGAUGAUCUUGAAUCGUUAGGCUACGUGUUGUUGUAUCUCUCCAAGGGCUCACUGCCUUGGCAGGGUCUGAAUGCUCCCACGAACAAGCAGAAGGACGAUCUCAUCAAGGAGCGGAAAGCGGCAAUAUCGGUGGCAUCACUGUGUGAUGGACUCCCUGGAGAGUUCGCCAUUUACAUGGAGUACACUCGAUCGCUGGAGCUCAACGAGCGACCCGAUUAUGCGUACCUUCGGCAGCUUUUCCGUCGGCUGUUCGCGGCUAGGGGCUUUACGUACGAUAACGUCUUUGACUGGACGGAGCGACGAUUUCGCGAGCUGCACAAUCAGCCCAGUGAGAAGGCAGUUCAAACGCUGCUCACUACCAGCCGCACUGCGACAAGUGGACACAGCCGAAGGUCGGUGCGGGGCAUUCAGAGUAGGAAGAGACGACACAUAUCGAAGCUGUCACGUUGA